UUACUUGAACAUGCCAUUUCCAGAAGUGGGCGUUAAGCCAGCCCGAACCAAACGGAGCAAGGGGGGGAGUCGCAGGAUUAUACCAACCUAAAAGUCAAAUUCAGAGCAUGGAAAGCCCGGUAGGUCAGGGCUAAAAUUAGCGUCUGCUCCUCAUGCCAUUGCAGCCAAACUGCGAUGCUUAAAGUCAUGUAAACCAAGGGGAUACACUAUCACAAGGGGCUGGCAGUAAAGUCGUGUUUUCCAUGGGUGACAUUUAACGCCACACGUUGACUGGAGAGGCUCUGUGCGUAACGCAGGAACAGCGCUGGAUCUACAGUGGCUGCUGCUGCUGCUGCGCAAAACAUGAGUAUUUGGUAGUUUUUUUUAAAAAAAGACGCCAUAUGUGUUCAGCGCACAGCUUCCAUAUGUGAACACCUGGCUGUGCAAACAUGUCUUUUUUAACCAUACCGAACCAAGAGGGGCUUUUCACCGCGAUUAAAACGGGCAGCUCGGCAGAGGAGGCAGAAAGUAGGUCCCACGGAGACAACAUAGACAGUAAGGAUGAUGAUGAUGAAGACGAUGAAGCAGAGAAUGUCCGUCUCAUCCCAAGAUGCUCCCCGGUGCCCAGGAAGCGCGGUGCGUCCAUCCACGACGAGACAGCCGAGUACAUGCGCAUCCACUCGACGCUGUCUGCCGGGAAGAAAGUGUCAUUCGCGGACACAACAGGUGGGGAUCUAGUGGAUGUGAAGGAAUUCGUUGCCUUUGAUUCGGAUGACGAAGAUGAGAGUGCAAGGUGGGAGCAAGAGGAGGCAAAGUACCGAAAGCCAGGGAGAGAACCGACCUAUCGUGUGCUGCCAGAGUUCACCGCGCCAGCCAGGAGCGCCCUGCUGCAGGCUGUGCUGUCUCAUAAAGUGGAGGUUGAGCAGAUGUCUCAGGUUGAGGAUGAGCCACUUGCCUUCAGUGGGGUUAUAAGAGUCCUGAACGUCUCCUUCAAUAAAGCAGUUUACAUCAGAUCAACCAUGGACAACUGGGCUUCUUACUAUGAUCACCCAGCAGAGUAUGUCCAGGGAUCCAAUGAUGGAGACACUGACCAGUUCUCCUUUAAGCUGUCCUUUGCACCACCUUACAUCACACAUGGCUCUCGCAUUGAGUUUGUUGUUCGCUAUGAAACCUCUGAAGGUGAUUUUUGGGCUAAUAACUCCCAUAUGAAUUAUGUGGUGACACUGCUCCUGUCUUAUGAAGAGGAAGCAGCUCAUGUAAGCAGAGACAUGGAACACGUGAGGGGUAUCCUGAAACCUCCAAGACCUUACAGUACGGAAGAUUUCUAUGAUGACGAUGAUGUCUUUGAUACAGGAGAUGAGCAGGAAAAGAAAGAAGCACAAGAAGAAGUAACCUCCAAGUCUGAUGACCGCCAAUAUGCACCUGUCUGCAAAGUCACCGUACAGCCGGAGAUGGACAUUGAGAUUGGAGUUCACCCAUCUUGUCCCUCUGGCCCACUCGACGAGGAGCUUCCAUCUGCUGAUGGCAUACUGUCCGCUCACACUGUAUCCCCAGGUGAACAAUUCCCCUGUACGUCUUCCGAAACCACACUUCAAACUAAUUCAUCCUUUGUAUCCUGUGCCAGUGUAUCAGUCCGGCCACAUAAGUCGCAGCCUUUACCCAGACUCUACUGUGAAUUAGGCAAAAAAGAGUCAGAACGACAAAGUAGUCCCUCUGCUCUGCUGCCUUCUCUGCAACAAGAGUCAGGGCUGAGAUCAGACAGUUCCCAGGGUGGGGAAAAGGAAAUCCCUCCCUCAGAGGCGUCAUGUGAGCCUCUUCCUACUACAGAGACAGAUCUGAGGCAGACAACAGGAGAGAACGGGUCAAACAACAUCCCAGAAAGUUGUCCUUGCCUUGAACUUCUUCCCGUGUGUGUUUAUGGCUUCGAGCAAGAGGUUGCAGAGGGAUUGAGUGAACUUGUUGCAGGAUUAUUAGACGUUUCCAGCAGGUCAGCUAUGCAUCAUGAAGUCAGUACACCUGCAGUUAUCUCUCCUGUGGCAGAGACCCAGGCAUCUCUAGAAGCAGAAGGUGGAGCUUCAACACCACCUGAACUCACAGAAACCCCCUCAGUGAGUACAGGUGUCACUGAGGUGAGCCAAAACUCUGCUCUUGAGCCUGUCUCCACCUGGGAAGAGAAGGAAGAUACAACCCAGAUUUCCCCUGACACACUAUUAGAGGAUCCACCAAAAACACAGUCAGAGGUUUCCAAGCUGCAGACCGAGCGUGACGUCAACAUGAAUCUUAUGCCAUCCAUCGUCUUUAUAAGUGGAGUUGUCUCUCUUUUGAUAGUGUUGCAGGAACCCGGCGCCCUCCUCGUCAUUGGACUAUUUUUGGUCUUGUACCGGUUGUGAAAACGCCACAAAAGUUCACUCACUCAGAGAUCUGUGCUCAACUUAAGUGCCUUUUCAUGAUUCCAAAAUAAGCAUAAGUUAGAAAAAAGAGUUCCUAUUGAAGCUGUGUACCAGUGUGUGAGUUUUCAUCAAAUAAUAGAUAUUGAAUACAAUUUAAGAGCAUUUUAGAGCAAAGUCCAAAGCACAGAGAAAGUCAUUAUCAAAAUAAUUUAAUGCAUUUAGUCAGAAAAGUGUAAACAUGUAGAAGUCAAUGAUUCUCCCAUUUUUAAAACAGCACUGUGAUCACUCCAAUGCUUAAGCAAAGAUAUGUUUUGUACGUGUCUGUAAUGACUUUUCUUGUGUGGAGAUGGUGUUAUAUUCUGAUUUAACCAAUCAGUGCUUACAUGUACUUCUUUUGUUUGUUCAUGUUUUGUAUCGUUGUAAGUCUUGCUAAGUUUUCUCUUGAACCACGCUGCCACAUGUUUCUGUGUUUUGUGUGUCUCUGUGUGUAUAUUGGUGGACAAAAACAUUACCAUGAAGAGACUUAUUACAUAUAUGGAGUUUUGUUUACAACAUGCAAAAGAAAACAUGGCUAUAUCAAGUAUUUCGCCUUAAUGCCUACAACGAAAACCUGAUGAGCUUUCGUAAGCAUAAGGUUGAAAUUGUUCCCAAAUAAGGGACAAAACAAGUGUGUGUGUACGUGUGUGUGUGUGUGUGUGUGUGACAUUUUAAAGUGAUCAUUAAAAAACACCAGCCUUUUACUAUUGCACAAAAAUAAUAUGUACAAUUGACCAUAUUCACACAACAGCCACUUUCCUCUGACAUCAGCACUGGGGAUAAGCUCAAUGCGGUCAUAAUGUCUUAGUGCUAUCAGCUAUGUAUUUUGUAGAAAUGUAGAAAAUCAUAUGAAUCUUUAAAUGUCAUGGCGUUCUAAUUGAUCAGUAACUGAAAAGAUAAUUAACAGUGAAAAUCUGGAAGAAAAUAACCCAUGCCGUUUAAAGUUUGAUAACUAUUAUCUUCUGUCAGAGCAACGCUGAUCUUAGCAUUCAGACAGGUUGUAAUUUGUAUUACUGUCAGCUAAAAAAGGAGUUAAAUGCUAAUAUUAAUUUCUAAAAGUGUACAAAACAAAAAGAUAGACACAAACAAAUUAAACAAGGAAGUAUAUGAUAACCCAUGAGCUACCAUCAGACAGUGUUAGCAUUCAACACUUUAAUUCUGUCAAUAUGGCUAGCUGAGAAAUUGCACCUUUCCUUUCAAAACAAAAAGGUCUUUAACAUUAAGCCAAUUUUAAACUAACAGUGUUAUUAGCAAUAAGGUAGCUCAAUGCUUACAGUACCUACUGAAAGAGUUAUGCAACACAGUAGACAGGGGCACAAACUUAAAACACACACUUUGUGAUACUUAUACACAACCAUUAGACAACAGCAACUUAUCAUUCACCUCUUCAGUUCUUUCAGUAGGCUAGCAGUUAGCAAGAAAUGAUCACCUUCUUUCAUAGAAUUGUAAAUAACCAACAGGUAGGCUAGUGUUAGCCAAAUUCCAGCUAACAAUAACCAAGUUUCAUACAGUACAAGUGAUGUAAACAGACUUUGAAACAAAUGUAUGAUACUUGUAAACUACCAUCAGACAACUGCUAAUAUAAGUAUUUACCUCUUACGUUAACAGGUAGCAAAAUAUGUACUGUAUCAUAUCAAACAAGCACAAGUUGCUAGCGAUUCCCAGCCAACAGUUACAUUAGUUUGGAUGUAGCUGAAUUCUUAUAUUCACUUUGGUGUUAUAACAAAACAACAGGACAGGAGUAAUCAGACUUAAUAACUAAGCGGCAACCUCUGGUCUGAAAAUAAUGAGUCCAAUGCAGAAGCACUAAAAACUGCAGUUCAUCAAGGAUCCGCUUGAGGCUGGCUCAGGAAGUACCGGAAACCACAUACACACCAAUUCAAAAAAGACGAUCUUUACAGCAGGAAUAAACAUGUUUACAGCCUGGUACAAAAUACGAUUGUAGUCUGGAUAGCUCAUUUAUCGAUCGGCGCACACUGUACGGGGGUCGAAUUAUCUAACGCGGCAAUUUUGAAGAUAUUGAGAUUACGAGUCUUCCAAUGAGAGGCACAGCUGACUUGAUUGACAGGCGGGAACACUGUAGCUGUUGGCUAGGAGGCUCAAAGCCCGCCUCUUUACAUCACAAUCGCUCGACAGCAGCAAUAUGGCUGCCGCCGCCGAUUGGCCUCAAAAACAGCGCUUCAGAAACAGAUGGGUGACGUCAUGGAUCCUACGUCCAUAUUUUAUACAGUCUAUGUUAAUAACAGAUAAUAACUGAUACAAGUAAGCUACAACCAUGCAAGAGUUAAUGUUAGCAUUCAACCUCUUCCACUUAUCAAUUACAGUUAGCUAGCUAAUUUACCCCUUUACUUUUGAAUCAUAAGCAACACUCGAAAAGUAGUUUUAACAUUCAGCCUACUUCUAGCUAACUAUGGUAUUAGCUAGGAAGUGGCUCAAUCUGUGUUGCUUUAUUGGCUAUUAAAUAUGUUGUUUUAACUUGAAAUAUAGCUUAACCUAGCUCUUACUAGACUGAAAAUGAUGAAAUGACAACAGUCAGAUUUCCUGAGUUCAGACAUUUUAAAACACAGCAUUUGAGCUUUCCACUCUGUGCACACUGCCAGAGGAAAAUGGCUGCUGUGAUUAUGGUAAAUUGCAAGUCUUCCUGUUGAAUCUUGCUACUAAAACCACACAAUGUUUGAUAUCACUCCUUUGCCAACUUCACAGACAUACUGAGACAUUGAAUGAUGUGUUUGAAGUGAUCAAAGUGUUUGCGGUGUAUUGCCAUUAAAACACAGUCUCAUACCCUG